AUGGAUGGGUUUGAAUUUAUUAACAUUAAUGAUUUAGGUCUCUGCAUUUCACAAUCAAAAGCUAAUGAAAUCAAGGAAAUCAUGGGAGUAAUGCCUUAUGUUGCUCCAGAAUUGUUUAAAGGCGGUAAAUACUCAAUUGCAACAGACGUAUAUGCUUUCGGAAUUUUAAUGCCUUAUCAUAAUACUGCUCAUGAUCCACAAUUGGCUAUCCAAAUAUGUGAAAGUAAUCUUCGUCCACAAAUUACCGAAGAUAUACCACAAUUCUAUUAUAACUUAAUGCAGAAAUGCUGA